GGCGGGGCGGCUCCCCCACGGCCGCGGCUCCGCCCCGGAGGCCGGCGGGGGAGUCGGCUGGCUGGCUGGCUGGCUCGCACGCUGGCUGGCUGGCGGGGGAAGAUGGCUGAAGUCGGCGAGGACGGGCGCGGCGGCGGCGGCGGCGGCGGAGCCUUGGUGGCGCUGCGCUCGGCGCCCUGCAGCCCCGCCGCGCCCCCGCCGCUGCCUCCACCGCCGCCGCUGCUGCUGCCCCUGAUGCCCGCCGCUCCCUCCUCGGCCUCCUGCUCCUCCUCCGGCGGCGGCGGGGCUCCGCUGGCCCGGCUGCAGGGCCGCGACUUCGAGUUCCUGAUGCGCCAGGCGGCGGUGAGCAUCGGGCGCAACUCCUCGCAGGGCGCGGUGGACGUGCACAUGGGCCACUCCAGCUUCAUCUCCCGCCGCCACCUGGAGCUGGCCUUCCGCGCGCCCCACUUCUUCCUCCGCUGCCUCGGUAAGAACGGCGUCUUCGUCGACGGAGCCUUCCAGCGGCGGGGUGGGCCGCCCCUCCAGCUGCCCCCGCAGUGUAUCAUUCGGUUUCCAAGCACAGUCAUCAAAAUCCAGUUCACGUCACUCUACCAUAGAGAGGAAGCGAGAGAGGACACAGCAUCUCCUCCACUCCGGCCACUCUACCCCCAGAUAUCGCCGCUUAAGAUCCACAUUCCGGAGCCGGAUCUUCGGAGCCUGGUCAGCCCCCUGCCUUCUCCCACUGGGACCAUCAGUGUUCCUAACUCCUGCCCAGCUAGUCCCCGAGGUGCUGGUUCCUCAGGUUUUCGCUUUACCCACAACGUUACCUCUGACCUCCAACUGGCUGCCGAAUACGCAGCAAAAGCUACUUUGGAGCAACAGACGGACGCCUCUGGGGGAGACAGCCCCAAGGAUGAAUCCAAGCCACCGUAUUCUUACGCCCAGCUCAUUGUUCAAGCUAUCUCGUCAGCUCAGGACAAGCAAUUAACACUAAGUGGGAUCUAUGCUCACAUUACGAAGCAUUAUCCGUAUUACAGGACAGCAGACAAAGGCUGGCAGAAUUCCAUUCGGCACAACCUAUCCUUGAACCGAUAUUUUAUUAAAGUCCCCCGUUCUCAAGAAGAGCCGGGAAAAGGCUCCUUUUGGCGGAUAGACCCUCCCUCUGAAGGCAAGCUAGUGGAGCAGGCAUUCCGAAAACGGAGGCAAAGAGGGGUGUCCUGCUUCCGAACCCCAUUUGGACCUCUCUCUUCCCGGAGCGCCCCCGCCUCCCCUACUCAUCCCGGUCUGCUUUCUCCCCACACGAGUGGCCUACAGACUCCAGAGUGCAUGUCGAGAGAAGGCUCCCCGAUUCCUCACGACCACGACUUUGGUGCCAAGCUAGCUUCUGUCCCAGAGUAUCGGUAUUCACAAAGUGCUCCUGGAUCCCCCGUAAGUGCCCAGCCGGUCAUCAUGGCUGUUCCUCCCAGGCCUUCAGCGCUGAUGGCUAAACCACUCGCCUACCUGCCCGCCUCCAUCGUGACCUCUCAGCAGCCUCCAGGCCACGCAGUCCACGUGGUCCAGCAAGCCCCCACUGUUACAAUGGUCCGAGUUGUGACGACUUCGGCAAGCUCAGCAAAUGGAUACAUCCUGACCAACCAGGGGCCAGCUGGCAGCACCCAUGACGCGGCAGGGACUGUCCUGGACUUAGCUGGGCUGGAUGAGAAGCCCACCAUUGCAUUUGCCGCCAUACCAACUGCCAGUCGGGUCAUCCAGACAGUGGCCAGCCAGAUGGGUCAGGGCGUCCCUGGACAGACGGUCACCAUCUUGCAGCCAGCCACCUCCAUGGCCCUUGGGCAGCACCAGUUACCUGUCCGCACAGUGACCCAAAACGGAAAGCAUGCCAUUCCCACGAACAGCCUAAGCAGUGGGACUUAUGCCCUCACCAAUCCCUUGCAGGUGCUUGCGGCUCAAGCCAGUUCCUCCACCCCUGUGGUCAUCAGCCAGACGAGAGAAGCCGGGCUGAAAGAUCCUGAAGAGCUUUUGAGAGAGCCUGAGGUCAAACGACCUCGAAUGGAAGACCCCAGAGCGGCGUUGCAAACUGGUGUCAUCACAUCCACAGCCCCCUCCGGACAAUCCGCUGGAGAAUGAGGCCGCAGAAAGAUCAAGAAAGGCACCGAGGGAGAAAAAUCUCUCUUUUUUUUUUUUUUUUUUUCUUUCCUAGCAGAAAUCUUUUCUUUUUGCAGCUGUUAACACCUGGAUCAUUUCAGUGGGGUUGGUUUUUUUUUUUUUUUUUGGUUUUUUUUUUGUGCUUUCCUUUUUUAAAAAAAAAAAUCUCCUUUUGAACAUUUUGAAGGACAAGCCAGCGUUUGUCAAGAUUGUCGAGGUGCCAAAUGAAUUGGGCAAAAUCUCCCAUCGUUCUGGACCCAUGGAAUUAAUCCUCUUCUGCUUUUUAUUUUGGAGACAUCCUCCUGCCCCCUUCUUUCUUUCUUUCUUUCUUUCUUUCUUUCUUUCUUUCUUUCUUUCUUUCUUUCUUUCUUUCUUUCUUCCUUCCUUCCUUCCUUCCUUCCUUCCUUCUUUCUUUCUUUCUUUUCUUUCUUCUUUCUUUCUUUCUAGAUUUAAAAAAGAAACGCAGACCGUUUUGAUUGUUUGGGAUAUUUUUCUAUCCCUCCUCGCCUUCCUUAAUUUCAUCCCUUCCUUGUUUUCCUUUAAGCAUGGUAGUUUAUAUGUGAGCGUACUAAAAAUGCCGGACAGAGACACGAACUUCAGGUGGGAACGUCUGACCUCAAAAACAGGUUUAUUUUUUACUUUUUUUCACUCUCCAAGGAAGACAAGCGCGUCCGGUUUGUAUCUCGGAACUCCAAUUUAUGAAAAUUAUUUGCAAAAAAAAAAGAAUUAUUUGCAAAGCAAUAUCACACUUCGGUAACUGCCACCUAAAAUGGCAGAAACUUUAUAUUUCCUUCUUGUUGCCUACAUGCAGUACAACUCAUGUUCUGACAAUGGGGAGUCACAUCCCUGUCCAAAGUUUUGAUCUCAGAGCACAGAAAAAUCAGUUUAUCCCAGUUAGAUGGCUUCCCAAUGCAUUCGAAGCCUAAACUUCCCAGAAUUCUUAGCCUACUGGACAGAUGGGGGGAUUCUGGGAAUCGCAGUCACAGCCUACCUCAUUGGGAUGGCUGACCUACACAGCACUUGGCCCCCACAGGUGCCUUUUGGAGAAAGAGAGAAAAGUUUAUUUCAAUCCUUUGAAAAUAUUGUCUGUUCAAUGAAAACAACCAAUUGUGAUAAGAAGGUCUGGAAUUUGUGGAUCUUGUUAAGAAUUGUCAUACCUGCAGGCUUGUGAAACAACCAAGUGGGUUCCUUAAUUUCAUUCCUGUUGAUUUUGAGAGAGAAGGAAUAGAAUUUUUUAACAUUUAUAACCUUUAAGGACAGUUCCCCGGAGCUCUCUGUUGUGUUACGGUUCGAGCGUUGGACUUAACAUCUGGAGAGACCAGGUUUAAAAACAUGAAACUCCCUGGGUAAACCUUGGACCAGCCAUUGUUUGUUUCAGCCUAACCUACCUCACAGGGAUGUUGUGAGGACAAAGGGGAGGGGUGAGGAGGAGAGCUAUGUAUGCCACUUUGAGCUUGGAGGAAAGGCAGAAUUAAAAAAAACGUAAUAAAUCAGUAACCAUCAACACG